AUGGACAAAGAGAGAUCACUAGCUGCAGGUCAUUUUCGAACCGAAAAAGGGUUUUUAACCAUUGGAAUUCCUACUGUCACCAGACCGAAGGCGAACUAUUUAGAUAAGACUAUACUGUCCAUCAUCAAUAAUACUAAUGCUGAUGAAAAGAAAUCAAUUGUAAUUGUAAUCUUUCUAGCGGACUUAGAUCAUAAAAUUAAAGAUAUUACAAGAAAGCGUUUAACAACUCGAUAUAAAUCAUUUAUGAAGAAUGGGCUGAUACAAAUUAUUCAAGCCCCUGCAUCAUAUUAUCCUCCUCUCGAUAACUUGAAACGAAACUACGGCGAUUCAGCUGAACGAGUGCGAUGGCGCUCUAAGCAAUGCAUUGACUAUGCCUUCUUAUUUGAGUAUUGCUCCGGUUUAUCGAAAUACUAUUUACAACUUGAGGAUGAUGUCUUAUCCUCAGAAGGUUUCGUUACAACCAUUCGUGGUUACAUCAAUAAUCAAGUAAAACCAUGGAGCUCUAUCCAUUUCGCUAAAUUAGGCUUUAUCGGCAAGCUCUAUAGGGAUGAUCAUUUACUUAAAUUAGCUGCAUUCUUUAAAAUGUUUUACGACGAGCAACCUAUUGAUUAUUUAAUAGGUUAUUACAGUAUUUUACGAAUGUUGCCUAAGCCACUACUUCGUUUGCCUGCUUUAUUCCAGCAUAUUGGAAUGGAAUCAUCAUUAAAAGGGAAGUUGCAACCAUUACGUGAGAUAUCCUUCACUAGCAAGCGGAUUUACCAUGGUGAUAAUCCACCUGCAAAGAUAACAUCCACUUUUUUCUCAUACGGAGGAGGAGAACCAAAACAGCCAUAUGAUGCUAAGCCUGCAUUUUUCUGGUGUAAGAAACCCCAGGCCGGUCACAAUAUGGUGAUCUAUUUCGAUGCUGCAAUUAAUUUAACACGGGUUGUCAUUGCAACUGGUGAUCCAUCUCGCCCAAAUGAUAUCUUUGGUGAUGCUUCAGUUCAAGUUAGCCAUUCGCGUAAUGAUAAACUAAAAACAUGCACGAACUGGAUUACUAUUGGAAAAUUUGAUAAGCAUGGCUUGAUGGAUGUAAAGUACAAUUUAUUACGGGAGCAUGUUAAAGUCAAGAUUAAAUGCUUACGAAUUUACGUCAAUAAAAGUCAACGAAACUGGGUUAUUAUUCGUGAAAUUGCAGUCUGGAAGCAUUUUCCACGUACUAACAACCAUUAG